UAUCGCAAAGCUGGUGAUGGUGAUGAUGACGAUGCUGACAUUGCUGCUGCUGCUGCUGCUGCUGCUGAUGAUGAUGAUGAUGAUGAUGAUGAUGAUGAUGAUGAUGAUGAUGAUGUUAUGUUGACGAUGAUGAUGAUGAAUAUGAUGAUGAUGAUGAUAAUGAUGAUGAAUGAUGAGGAUGAUGAUGAUGAUGAUGGUGAUGAUGCUGAUGAUUAUGAUGAUGAUAAUAAUAUGCCAAUAAAUGUGAAUAUGCAAAUUCCAGGAAGCGUUUCAGAAGAAGAUGCGACUACUGGAACAAGAGUUUUACUUUCCUGA